GAAUGCACUUGGGUGGAUUCAAUUCGUUUGUCUUGAAAAUUUAGAGAGUUUGAGCAAGAGAAACAUGGAUGAAGAUGAUGGCGUAAGAGACAACACUGUCACCCAUUCACCCACCAAUUCGCAACAAACGGUUUCUGAUGAUGACGAAAUAGACUACACAACCAAACCAGAGUUUUAUGACCCGGAUCUUGAUGAUAAGAAUGAACAGUGGAUUCAUAAAAAGAGGCAAGGACGUGUCUCCGAUGCUGUGCUUAGCUGCCCUGCUUGCUUCACCACCCUCUGCCUAGAAUGUCAGAGGCAUGAAAAAUAUUUGACCCAGUACAGGGCAGUAUUUGUUGCAAACUGCAAAAUCGGGAAUGACAAGGUUUUGAAACAAAAUACUUCAAGAUCAAGAAAAAGAAAUAGAGGAAGUGAAAGAUUUGAUAGAAAUGACACUAAUUCAACUAACGGUGAAACAUUCAAGCAAGUUUGCUGUUCUGUUUGCUCGACAGAGGUUGGUGUCAUGGACCAAGACGAGAUUUAUCAUUUCUACAAUGUUCUCCCGAGUGAAUCCUGACUGAUUUAGAUGUAUCUGCUCAGAAGUGGCCUUCUCUAAAUCUCACUACCAUUCAAAUUUCCAACUCAGAACUAGUUUAUCUCAGUAUCUCCAUGCUUUACAUCCAUGAAGACAUAAUUCAUACACGUCAAAUAUUUCAUCCCCGGAAGCAUAUUCUUGGCGUAACCUUCGCUGGAGGAAGAAAUUAUAUUUGUGGGUAAAACCUUGGACACGGAGAUAUUGCUUAAGAGAACAAAAUUAACAUCUUUGGAGAUAUACUGUAUGACAGUGUCUGUUGUAUUUUUCUCAAUACCAUGUGAAGUUCUGUUUAUUUUUUCUACUAUUUUUGUUUUUCAUUUUUGUUGUCACGGACAAUUCCAAUGAUGCAAAAGCUUGGAAUACUGUUUCAUUAGCUCAUUAUAGGCUGCUUAUACAAUUAGCUCCAUAUCAAGCAACAAUUUAUAAAACCUAUGCGCGUAAAUGUUUUCAAAA